UAAACAUCAUGACAGACUGACCAGGGAGAACACUACACUAAACAUCAUGACAGACUGACCAGGGAGAACACUAAACAUGCUGACAGACUUAACUAAGUGAACUAGACAGAGGAUAAAAGCUAAGACAACAGAGAAUCCAGGUAAGCCUGUGUGAAAAGGUGUGUCUUUAGUGUGGACUUGAAUAUGUGUUUGGAUUGUGAGAGCCAGUACAAAAUAAUGACAGAUCAUAAUGUCAUUUCCUUUUUAUUCUCUUUGUGUCAAUAUCCAACAUCAAUCCAUUUUUGAAUGGAUGAUUUAGAUAGAUGCCUAUAGGUUACAGAACACUAACCACAUGUCAUGUUGUCACUCUACAGAUAAUCAGUCUGAAGUACCGUCACUACUCGUGGGUGGCAGAGCUGAUCCAGAUUUUUAUUGCCAUCAGUAUAACAGUGUCCUUUCUGGUGAUGGGAUCUGCCAUGAAGCACACAAUUGAUGGCCUUGUGAACUCACACUGGAACACCAAGUUGGAAUGGAUGUCUAAAGUCUGGGAGAGGACAUUACCACAGAGCUUCCACAGAUGCAGUUCAAGAGGUCUUGCCAAUGGGCUCAUAUCUCUGCUUGCAUUUGGAAUCAUUUUUAUUGUCUCGUCGUGUGAUCCAAGGGGAUUUGUGGUGAUGUUGGACAAAGUGGUGUCUUUCUCUUUGAACACUGAAGUUGGGUUGUUCAUCUUUGUGAUGCUGCGAGCCUCCAGAUCAGAGGGAUUUCAACACCUGACUGUGCCUCUGCCCGUGGGCCAGCGGGUCUUCCAACUCCACUGGACCCUGCCUAUUUACUUCCUGUUUGCUGUGGCCUACGAUGUUAUCCAGAGCAUCGUAGAGAUAGCAGAGCACAAUUUACAGCACUCCUCCCAACCUCUCCUCACCAACUAUUCUCUGAGCUGAGCACUACUGUGAACGAUGGACGGUAGCCGCAAGCCUGGGAGCCGUGUGGUGGUGAUAACAAUGCUGUGUUCAUUUGCUCAUUCAUGGACGUCAUGCAGCUUCCUCUUGAACAUUAACAGCAUCAGGGAUGUCUCCUACGGUCAACUAUUUCAUGUACUGUAAGGGCUCAAUUAAAUCAGAUCCGUGUUGGUCAACAUCUGCAUAGCGGUUGUUUUGGCGGUGGCAGAUAUGGAACUGCGUUAGCUGUCAAAUCCAAAAGUGACUCCAGGCAUUACACCUAAAGUGGACAUUGCCAUUGGCUGCACAAAGUUGCUAUAACAGAAAUUCCAUGCAGCCUUUUUUACAAGUUUGAACACUGCAAUGUGGGAUGUAGUCUACACCUUGAUUAAGAUUAUUAUUUAGUUUCAUGAUUUACAAUUUGAGCGAAAUUAUUUCUAUAUAGCCUACUUUCUUUUUCUGAACUUUUAGAGAUUUGUGCGGGUGUGGCUUUGUGACAAUGAUGGAAGAGCAGCUGCUCACCGAUUUGAUGGCUCGAACGCAGUUCCACCUUUGACAUCGCCUAAACAUCCGUUAUGUGGGUGUCUGUAAUCGCAGGUUAACACUUGAUCUGAAUUGAAUCUAGGUCUGUUUCAUUUUCAUGUAAUUGUUUUCAGAGGGCUGUAUUGAAUUACCAGCAGUCAUGUUAUUAGGGAGUCUUUACAGCUCAAUAUAUGCAUUGUUUAACAGCGCAACCAGAGAAUAUACACAAUUAUUUUAGUUUAGACAUUAAAUGUACAGACUGGUGCAUCAUCAAAACAGCCAAUAACUGGUAUGAUGCCACAGCAUGAUGUCUGGGAUCUCACUAUUGAAAAGUUGCCUACAGCUUCUUUCCCUACAAAUGCUUUCAUAUGUAUGUAUCUAACUAGCUGAACAUGUUUAGAAUAAAACAGAUAAACAAGGGGAAAAUCCAAUAAAAAAUGAUAUAUUAAUAUCAAAAUAUAUUUUAUUCUGGACUUUUUUUUUCAGAUCUGGUUCAAAUUACAACAGAUCAAUGCAAUCUGCAAAAACACAUUUUGACUCGAGAAACCAAGGGUGGGGCGUGGGCACUCAUGAUGCAAUGUGGAACCAAAAAAAUCAUUAAACUGGAACAUACUGUACUUGAUUAUCUCCAAUAAUCUUACAUUUUACUCCUUUAGGCUACAAAGAAAUAUGAAUUACAAAAGUUUUAAAAGAGUACAAAAUGUCCAGAGGACAUACACAUAAGAAUAUGAUUAGAAUUCAGGUAGUGAAAAUGAAGGGCAAAGCAGACACUAGGACAGCAGAUUUAUCAUAAAAGAAAACCUAAAAUAACCUUCCACUGUCAUAGACUGUAUAAUAAAUAGUGUCCAGAUGGUACAAUCUACUUAGAGUAGACAGUUUUUACAGAUUUAAAAGGACUACACACUGUAUAAAAUGCACAUUUAUGGGAUGGUUGCACAGACCCUGAUUAAACCUACUCUAAUAAUUAACAUCCUCAAUGUUUCAAUUGAAAGUGCUUUAUGAGACCAGGAGUAGGUUUCAUAUGGGCCCAUGCAUCUGCCCCUAUAUGUGUAGUGAUAUCCCAAAAAAUAAACCACUAACAUAAGUCUUAAACCAGGGGAACAAGGGAUCCUGGCCAUGGAUCCUCACAUUUCCAUCAAGCCAAAACCUCAUUCUGCCAUCUGUAAAAUCAGACUGGCUUUCUUUGUUUAAAAAAACAAACACACACUACAUUUAACAGGAUAUCUAGACUGUAACCGGUGAAUAUUCAGAUGUGUCCCAUUUCAAAUUAAGAUUGUUGAAAGUCAAACAAAAAAUAUAGAACUAUCGAUUGAUUACUGUCCAGCAGGGGAAUUCUCUUCUCACCAUGAUUUGAAAAGAUACCACACAGUGUCUGUCGCAUGUCUUUAAACGGUUAUGCUUCAAAUUCAGUUAACUUUUUUAAAUAUUGAGCAGCACAAAAAUAAUUGAUAUGGUGCAUGUUACUCCAUGUGAUUUCUGAUUCCUAGCCCAACACCCAGACUUGCUUUAAGAUGACAUUUUUCCUCUGAAAACAGCAUUGCUUGUUUGUGAUCCAAAUAACCUCAGUCAAUAUCUAGUUUGGGAAAUGGUCUAUGGGACUUGAGUGAUAACUUUGCCUAAUCAACAUGUAAAACCACUUUGAGUAAAAGCUUAAUGGAAGUUUUGUUGUGACAGAUGAUACAUCAGCAAUAUGAAAUGUAUCUGGAAAAACAUCUGAGAGAAUCACAUUAUCAGCUAAGUUUUCAUUAGAAGAAUAGAAAACUUAAAGCAAGUCUUCCCUUUUUGCUAUAUGUUGUAAAAGGGGCCUCAGUUUGCCCAGUGGAAGCACUCUGGUGAAAGGUCUAGUGGACAUCACAGUUCCAACCAUUCACACUGGAGGGAGGGAACAGUCAUUGGAUACUGACUCGUCUGCUUCUCUUCUUUAAGCGAUCCAAUACUGGAUGUUUCCACGUGAUAACAACAGCAGUACAGCUUUGUCCAGGGGUAAUCAUGGAACGUUUUUCUAGCUCCAUCAAUGGUGCACAAACCAACCAUGAAAAUGGUUUUAAAGCAUCCAGCUGUACAAUGCCUCUUCUUUCAUGUGCACCCAAUGUUAAUUUGUAAUAAUAUUAAGUCAGGAGAAUCAAUGUCUCCUGUAGAGGAAAGAAAUAAAAACUACUGUAUUUAGAUGUCAACAGUAAAAACAAGUCCCCAUAUUGUUUUGAACCACAAAGCGCACACUACCAAAGACAAUUUUUUUCAAGAACUGUUUUGUGAGUGUGAAUAAAAAGAGGACUCCUCCACUUCAUGCAGCUGUGACCCCCCCAAAAUAUUAACUUAAACAUUGAAAUCAUUUUUUAAAACCUAACUGCCUGCCGCAGGACGGGAAAGCCGAUAUGUCUGUACACAGAGACUGAACUACCAACAAAGUUUAAAAUAUUUUUUUUGUCUUGAUGAGGAUGGUUU